AUGCAGCGUAUUGUUUGUAUUGUUAUCUUUUCAAGACAACUAAGGGAAAACAAGCAGGAGGAGAGACUUUUGUUAGUGAAGGAUUCACAAAUUGGAAGGUCAAAGCAAAUACGAAGUGAUUAUCGUAUCCAUCUCACUGCUUCGAUUGAUUGUAUUAGAGUUCUGUUGCGACAAGGGAAUUCAUUUCGGGGUCAUGAUGAGACUGAAGGUUCUCUUAAUCCGGGUAACUUUCUUAUUCAACUGGAGUUUUUAGGUGCUCAUAAUAAAGAGAUUAAUGAUGUGAUAUUGAAAAAUGCUCCUAAAAAUUGCAAGUUAACAUCACCGGAUAUUCAGAAGGAUAUAGUAAGUUCUUAUGCAACUGAAACAAUUAAUGUUAUUAUCAAAGAUAUUGGUAAUUCAUUAUUCUCUAUUUUAGUUGAUGAAUCUCGUGAUGUGUCAAUGAAGGAGCAAAUGUCAGUUGUUUUGCGCUAUGUUGAUAGUAGUGGGCAUAUAAAUGAGCGUUUUAUUGGAAUUGAACAUGUUACUAGUACUACAACACUCUCACUUAAAGCUGCUAUUGAUAAGAUGUUCACUAAAUAUAAUUUAAGCAUAUCUAAUGUGAGAGGACAAGGUUUUGAUGGAGCAAGUAAUAUGCAAGGUAAAUUUAAUGGUCUAAAAGCACUCAUUUUAAAGGAGAACCCAUGUGCAUUUUACAUACAUUGUUUUGCCCAUCAGCUUCAACUAGCUCUUAUAGCUGUGGCCAAGAAAAAUCUUCCAAUUUCUAAUUUCUUUCGUAUUGUUGGUGAUGUGGUAAAUGUUGUUGGAUCAUCCUGCAAACGUUCUGAUCUUCUUAAGGAGAAACAUUAA